AUGAAUAGUAGCAAACUUGAGGAAUUUGCUCAAGAGUAUUCUGUCAAUUGUAACCUUUGUGAUACAAUCAUUACUACCAACUUAGAUCAUGAAUAUAUUGUGAGAUACAGUCUUGGACAAGAACACCCUGAAAUAAUACCUGAAACUUUAAUUAAUGAAGUAUUUUGGGAUAUACCUGAAAAAGUACAACAAGAUGAUGAAGCACGUCUUGCAGCAGUUGAAUU